AUGGCUCCUCUGGUCUCUGUCUUAAACCCGCCAAAGCCUUCCGCCCCUAAGGCAGUGGCCUUGAGACUCAACCUGGACGCUCUAGCGAACCUUCAGCGCCUCCAGCGGGACGGAGUGGUCCCGAAACUCGUGGUGAAAAACGGCAAAUACCUGAUCAAGGUCAAUGAAAACCUCGUGUAUCCGUGCUCUUCGAGCACAGAAUCCCUUCGAUUCGAUGUUUAUGCUCCUCUGCAUAAAAAGGGCCAUUUCGAUUUCGCCGGAACCGUGUCCGAGAGGCUCAAUGUGCUCACUGAUCCACGCCAGAUCAAGGACCACGAGUCAGCUCCUUUGGCGGCUUCCCAACCGAAAGCUCCCCCGCUGCUCCCAGAAAAGCCUAAUAUCAGUCAUAGGGAACUGCUGUCGUUGCAGCAAAACCCUGGCGCUUACGCAGUGGCGGCGUCAGACUCAAAGGAGGCCGUUUCCACUAAAUUUUUAGCAUUGCUUGCCUUGGGACCCAUAACCAAGCAAGAAGUAGAAGCGAAACUCAACGCUUCGCAUCAGCAUUACGUUUCAACACUGGAACUUACCCUUCUUUUUCAAACCCACACCCAGGUAUACUCUCCAAACUCCAAAUUCACCGAAUCGGACACAUAUCCAAGCAUUGCAUUAGGUCUUGUCAAGGUCGACACUGAUCACUUCGAUGAUUACGUUAUUCUCAAGGACAAGGCGUACAAAGAGUUUCGCCCCUGGAAAUGGUCCUGGUAUACUCCAUAUGAGCGUUCUCUAAUAAUAGAAAAUGCCCACCACGCGUUGAGCAGAUUGGGGUAUCUGGAUACUCAUCCGCUCAGACGUCGUGUUACAGAGAAAUCCUCCGAGGAUGACACGAAGAAACCUGUGGCGUUGGGCGGUGGAAUACUCACUUCAAAGGAUUCUGGUCGCAAGGUUCCUGGCUCUCCUUCUCCUAACAAGAGAAGUGGAACGGCCUCUCCUCGCAUGGAUACCGAAAACAAACGGAAAAGGCCACGGAAUGACACCUCGCCGUUGAAGAACACUCUGGACAGCAAGGAUCAAAGGUAUGUCGCUUCUCUGUCGCUGUCGCUGUCAUCCGAGGAUGAGAGACAAUCUAAGAAGCAAAAGAAAGAGGGCCAGCGUUCAAACAGCAGUGGAAGUAACCAGAGUACUUUCAGCAACGCCACUUCUUUCACACUGCCUUCGUCAAUCAACGAAGAGCAGAACGACGACAGCGAAGACGACACGAAGCUUCUGAACUUACCUCGAGCGCUGCCUGCAUUGCCAUCGAAGCCAAUACAUUCUGGUGAUAAGAGGCAGCAAUACUACAAACAAUUAGCACAAAACUUUUACACAAAGUACCUGGAGUACAAACACUUGCAUGAAGAAUUAGUUAAAGAUCAUAAAAGGGGCACCGUGCAAGAGAAGAAGCGUCGGGUGAUGAAGCUCUUCGAGAUGCACAACCUCCUAGCCGGCUGGAAGCGCAAGCUUUGGGAUUAUCAUAAUGAAAGCAAUAUGGCUCAAGGCAUUAUGCAUUUGUCUCGGCACAAGAAGACCAAUAGUGGCAGUGGCGGUGGUAUGGCGCUGGCCCCACAAACAAGCCAGCUUCAAGCACUGGACCGCUUCCUGAGAUCAGGCACCGCCAGUCCCUCCGUUGGGUACCUGGACAAGUUUGCGUCCGGCAAGCAAACUGGUAAAAGAACACUUGAGCUGCGCUCUCCACGCCCCAAAAUGGCAUUGGACUACUGA